GAGUAAGACAUGAGGUGGGAAGUCCCAGCAUCUGCAGUAAUAUCAUUAAUGCUGACUAUUCACCCUAAAAAGGCAAUACAAGGGAAGGGAGGCCGGCGGGAGGGGAGUGAGAAGACAAUUCAUGGGCUGGAUUUAGGUGGUCUGACGGUGGCAGCACGUCCUAUUUUGCAGCACUCAGAAAUACACUUUGGCACAACUGAUGGACAUGGCAUAAAGCACAACAGCUUGUUUGCUAUUGAAUGGCACAAACUAAAGCAAUCCGUCAGCAAUUAUCAACGUCCACACUGAUGAGUGAGGCACGCUUCCCUGCAAAAAAGCAGGGGUGCGUAGAAUGCUGUGCGCGCAUCUUGAAUGCAGAGCUGGAUGCGCUGUCCCAGGUCCUGUAGGAAUCCCAGACCCCCGAUGUCGCGUUUCUGCGGCAACUACGGAGUUUAUACCUGACGCCGUUCCUGCAUGGGGAUAGCCAACGCCAAGAGCAAGGCGGCAUUAGACAGUUGUGAAUGUUUUACAGAUACGCGGCGGUCUAGCUGUUCCAAUAACCAAGAGUAAAUGGGAUUCAACGUCCUCCGAACAGAAUGUAAAAAAUGAUUUGAAGGAUGGAGGAAAACGGGUUCAACGCUGCGUUGCUGUUUCUUGGCUAUCUUUCUGUGUCAUCAGCUGAUGCCGACACCCUGUCCGCCCCACUCAAUGUGACCAUCGAGUUAAAGGGUGUGAACUCGGCUUUGGUGACAUGGGAGAUCUUUGAGGGGGACCCUGUUAUUGGGUUUGCCAUCACCCAGCAGAAGAAGGAUCUGCGCAUGCUUCGCUUCAUCCAGGAAGUCAACACCACCACCCGCUCAUGCGCACUGUGGGAUCUGGACGAGGACACGGAGUACAUCGUCCACGUGCAGUCCAUCAGCAUGAGCGGGACCAGCCCUCCCAGCGACACCGUGGUGUUCCGCACGCCCAAGGAGUCAGAGAGACUGGCCUCCAAAAGCCCAGAUGAGGUGAUGAUGGAAGAGGUGGACCAGACAGCUCAGCUUAGGGCGGGAGAGCUCAUCAUCAUCGUGGUUGUGCUGGUUAUGUGGGCAGGUGUGAUUGCUCUCUUCUGCCGUCAGUAUGACAUCAUCAAAGACAACGAGCCCAACAACAACAAGGACAAAGCCAAGAGCUCGUCGGAGUGCAGUACCCCAGAACACCCAACAGGGGGACUACUGCGCAGCAAGGUCUAACACAGCCCCCCUCCCUCCAGGCAAUAACAGGCAUCCGCCUCAGGACAGAACCUUGACAUGUUAGAAAGCCAUGAAAUGACAUCACCACGACAUCUUAUGACAGCCUUCCCAGCUUCAACCUCAAGACUCCCCCGGGGACGCCCUUAGAAGAUCAAAACAGACCCCUUGGUGCUCUUCUAUUCAGCCUCCCUAUCGUGUGAGCACAGUGGGAACGAGUGAGGUUGACACUUGGGACUCGGGAGGUCUGGACACCUACAAGACUGGUGGUCAAGCGGUCUAGGGGAUGUGGUGAGGGAGGUUGGGGAGGGUAGGUUGGUGGGGGCAGAUCUGACACGACUGCCUCGGCAGAACGGCUCUUAACGGCUCUGCAGGAGCACGGAGCACGUUAAGGAAUCAGAAAACCUUGGCACCCAGCAGCAGCUCUCUCUUGCACAAGCCAGCCUCGCCAAGAAGAUAAGGCUGAGAAAUUGGUCGCCCUCUGAUAGGGGAAGACUUUUGAGAAACUAGAGGGGUGCUUUUACUGGAUGAGGAGAGAAGGGGAAAAAAAGAAAGAAAAAGAUUUGUUGUUUUGUUCCCUUUCUGCUUUUUACCCUUAUCAGUCUGAAAACAGGAUUAGUACUUUCACCAGACUAAUGCUGCUGAAGCCACGACUGAUAACAAAUAUAUACAUUCCAUUUAUCUAUCUACCUAGUUUGGUCUACUGAUCCUUUACUUGUCCCUGUUUUCUAUUUAUCUCUCCUUUUUAACCAUCUCCUUUUUAACCAUCAACCAAACUGUCUUUGGUUGUACUGUUGCUGUACCCCCCUUGUCCCCCAACUUUUCUGCCCAUGGCUUCUCAAGCACCUUUGUUUAUAGGUGCAGUGGGACCCCACCCUAAACACCCUUUAGCUCUCAGGGCACUCAAACACUGUCCAGAGGCACAACAACAAACAACAACACAACAAACAACAAACAAGAGUCGAGAGCACUGUGUCAGCUCUCGGCCUGUGCGACUGAGGCUGCGUUGUUCGGACCAACAAGGACAGGUCAUAUAUACAUGGCAUAUUCAUAUAACUUGCAAAGUAUCUAUCUAGUCACUUGUGUAUCUCAAGUAAGGUUGCUGUCUAAAAUGAGCACAUUACUGUACAAUAUUUAGACUGAAUGUUGGUUGACUACAUCAUCAUUGUUUCUGCUGUUCUGUCUGGCUUUGAGCUAUUUUAUAUUGCAUCCCUUUAUAAGUCAUUUGAGGGCUCCGAGUCUGUCUGUGUUCUGUCACCCUACAGUGACGAGCGAACCCGUGGACUUUCUGCUGAGCUCACUGGUCCCAAGGGAGACAUUUUCAUUUGGUGGUUUCGGGAGCAGGAACGGGGAAACAGGCUCAGGAUAUUCAGAGUUUAUCAGACCAGCCAGUUGAGCAGGCAUGGUCAUCAAUCACCCUUUUGAUAGCUAGAGCUGACUGGAUAAGAGAAGAGUAAAGUCUUCAGGAAUAAAGAGCCGGAGAACUUCAGAGCAGAGCCGUGUGUGUGGAAGGUAAUCCACUGUGGUGUGACAGGCCCUGUCUAUGUCGGGCUGCCUUGAGUUUAAUAUUAACUAAUAGGCUAUAUAUGUGGCUAUAUAUGUGGUUUCAGCUGGGCUGGCUGGGUUCACUGCCCGUCUACGAGAUUGAUUCUGUUGCAAAUUAUACUGAAAUCGUAAUCAUAAGCCAUAGCUCGACUUUUAUGAAUGCCUGCAUUUUGAGGAAACGGCCCAUAAAGAAAAAACCCUGACUAGCCUGCGGAUUAUCCUUCAAAUUUAAUCAGUAUGGAAUAUAGUGAAUUACUCCUUUUUACAAAUUGAUACCAGUUUCUAAUACAUAGACCCUGGCAUGCCACUGUAUGGUGCGAUCUCAUAUUAGAGUAGAGGUAAACUGGUUUGUUCAGGUGUAGAGAUAAGAUAAACAUGAGAUAUCCGGACAAAUAUGGCUGUUGUAUCAAAAGCACAAGGAAUUUAAUAUCAGUGAGGAGCUAUUUUUCAAUUAAAUGCUUUUCCAGAUUCGACUGGAGACCUUGCUCAUGGUGUUUUGACCUCCAACACAAUGUCAGUGCUGAUCAGCUCAUCCACCAUCCUCUCAUUCAACCGGGUCAAAACAUAAUUGGAGAACUCAUGAGAGUUUGAGGUCAUGAGGUCAAACCAAUAGGGAGCACCUAUCCGACAAUAUGUAUUCCUUUCGCCACCUGCUUCCGAUUGAUGACUCUGUUAAUCAAGUCCGUUGAAGGGUACCUGAAGGAAUCUUAGAUCAAUUAAACACACCCUGGUCCGAACCGGUUACAAUUACUCCCCAGCUGCCAUUGCCAUGGUGACAGGUUCAGGCAUCGCCCUUCUGUCUCUCUCUGCCCACACACAACUCAUUGGCGUCCUCAUUUUUCACCAUCCCUCUCCCUCUCCGUGCCCGCAGAGGCAAUAUAUUUCUUCUGUAAUGACUGCUAAUUAACCUUGGCUGUGGGCGAGUAGGCGGAUGGCAGGGUGAAAAAUGCCCGAUAUCAAUAUUGUGUUUAGGCAGCUUACAUAAGAAACAGAAGGGGAUAAGGCAGAAAGAGAGAAAAGUGUGCAAACAACAGAUGGUCAGAGAGAUAAAGAGAAAGAAAGAGAGACAGUGAGAGAGAAAGAGAGAGAGUAGGGGAGGGAGAGAUAGAGAGAUGGAGAGAGAGCAAGAAGGUGAUUCAUGCUGCUACAGACUGGUGAACCGGGUUUUUGUUUUGUCUCUGCUGCAAUGGGGUACUUUACCUUCCCCUGAUAAAUCCUGAUAUUUCCUUGUGCCUCUGCCACGAAAAGAUGCUUCAGGAGGGAACAUUUGACUAAAAAAGAGAGAGAGAUAAAAAGGCACUACCCUACACCAGAUUAAGUGACAACCUUCCCAAGUGGCGUUUUGCCACACUGACCAAAGCUAUUAUCCCCUCACCCUUUGCAGUCAAGAAAUAAAUGCACAGUGUGGCACUUGCAUGAUUCCACUACAUUCAAAAUCCAGUCCCAAACAGCAGGUGACAGGAAGAACAAUGUGCUAUUUUCAGGGGACCUUUAAAUAUCCAUUCCAACAAAACCCAUCUUACCUGGUUUACCAGAGGAAGUCACUAUGAGCCCCGUGACAGAAAAGUGUGAGUUAGCAUUUUGGCAUGGAAUGUCAACAUUAAGUAUUGACUUAUACCAGGUUACCACAGUGUGGUAUUGUAUAAGUUCAACAACAAAAAAGCCUGACAAGAUUUUUCAGAAUCAAGAUCAACUCAAGGAUUAAUUGAAAAAAAAUAAAAUAAAUCAAAGCUUGGAAUUUUGGACACAUUUGAAAUAUUGGCUGCAUUUUGUAUCAAUCAGCAACACAGUCUGCAGAAUAAUCAAAGGAUGGCCAGAUUUGCAUGUCAGACUGUAUGGCUUAACACCAACAAUGUAGAGCAGAUUACUGUCAUGAACAUUCAGUCAGAUCAUUUCCAUACUGAUGCAUUUAAAUAUCUUGUUUAAAGGUAUGACAUGUUAAGGAUAGCCUUUGUUCAAAUACAGGCCAUUAUCUGUUUCUCCUGUAAACAGGCAGACAUGUAUUUGCAUACAUUCACGCACACACACACGCACGCACACACACACAAUCCCAGACAAUGUCUCUUGUCUGUCUCUAGUAAGGGUCUGUUGUUAUCACACUUCCACAAACUGACAAGAGUACACCUUUAUGUCUAACUGAAAUGCCAAGACUUGUGCUGUUCCUUUAUGGGCUUUCAGCAAAAAGCAUAGUUUUAUUGUAGACUUUUAAUUAUCUCAGCUUGCUAGUUUCCUUUUAGCACAAGUACAUCAUUCCUUUAAGAUUUUUGUCUCUUCAGGUUAAGAACAUGUUUAAAAUGCAAUUUCUUGUAGCCUACGUACAUUUGUGACUUGGCCUCUGUCUUGAGCAGUAUGCCCACAAUUUGAUUUCACUGGACAACCAAGCCUUAAAGCACCCAAGACAGCAGAUGGUGUAAAAAAAAAUAUAUUAAGAGUACAUUUGUACCACAGUAGAUGGAUUUAUUAAGACGCAUGGACUUAAAGAAACAAAAUAAAACGUAUAGCUGAUGUUUUAUGUCAAUCAUCAAGUCUAUGUGAGUUGUACUUAGUCAUAAAAGCUUCAUGAGGGCUAGCAUGAUUCUGCAAUUCUGAACAGAAAUUAUACAAUUUAUACCGUUAUAAAACGUAAAUGUCCAAUAAUGUAACAAAAAUAAAGUGUCACGUAUUUUCAACA